AAUGCCCACCCCAACAACCGACUCCUGGCUCGAAGCCGCCGCCUCCCGACGCAGCGUGCACAACCUAGCCUCCACCUCCAAAGUGUCCGACGCCCGAGUGCAAGAAAUCAUCAGCAAGGUACUUUCCUUCGCGCCAUCAUCCUACAACACGCAACCGGUGCGGAUCUCCCUCGCCUUUGGCGAGAAACACAAACAGCUCUGGGAUAUCAUCCUGCAGCAGGCCGAGCCGAUACUUACAUCGAUUAACCCGGAGUUGUGGGAGAAGUUGGGCCCGAUGUUUAGGGGGCAUUGGGGGGCUUAUGGGUCUGUACUUUUCUGGGAACGUACCCAAACAACCAAAGAAGCAGCCGAGACGCACAAAGCCACGGGCCAUAUGUUCGGGGAAUGGGGGGAUCAUGCGCAAGGGAUUCAUCAGAUUUUGGUGUGGACGGCGUUGGAGCUCGAGGGUGUGGGGGCGAAUCUGCAGCAUAUGAAUGUGAUGCCGCCGUUGGAGGCGGCGAUUAAGAAGUGGGCGGGCGUGCCGGAGGAUUAUAAGUUAAAGGGGCAUUUGAAUUAUGGGGAUGAGCGGGCGGAGAGGCCGGAGGUGCCGGGGAAGUUGCCGAUUGAGGAGACGUUGAGGGUUUUGUGAGUUGGUUGUAAUGAAUGGGGAUGAGUCGUGUUGGAUUAUGAGAGAGAUAUAAACUCCGGGGCAGAUGAUGAUAUGCAAUGCAUGAUAUAUGAGUAAUGGUUGUUUGAAGUGGUUAAAGCAGGGCAGGGAUGGGUGGGGUUCUGUAGUGGAGGUGUUGGUAGGUGUUGUUGAAUAUAGCUGAGUGAGUGUGGUUGUCGGGGUCGAAGGAUUUGUAGGUAACAACUUCCUAUGUAGUAAUACUAAAGGUUUAUUACCAUGGCU